AUGGCCUUGACCAACAUCCGGGCCACGGAAGCGUCCCUGAAGGAGGCCCUGGAGAAGCCCGGGGCCGAGGAGAGGGAACUCACCCUGAUGGAACAGCUGCUUCUCAGGCCCGAGCUCAGCCACAAGGACGUCGUCACCUUGAUUCUGGAUAUGAUUUUCGCCGGUAUUGACACGACUUCCCACACCAUGGCCUUCGCACUCUACCUCCUGGCGAAGAAUCCUGAAGCCCAGAGGAAGCUUCAGCAGGAGGUGGAUCAGGUGCUGAAGGACAAUCCUGAAACCCUGACCCCGGCUCACACCGCGAAGCUGUCUUACACCAAGGCAGUCGUGAAGGAGAGUUUAAGAUUUUUCCCUGUCGCGAUGGGCUUCAUGAGAGAGCUCAGUUCAGAUGUUGUAUUGUCAGGAUAUCAGAUUCCUAAAGGGUCCUCAGUCUUGAUGCUAAACUACGAGGACGCCCAAAAGGACACGGCCUUCCCUCGGCCGCGCGAGUUCCUGCCGGAGCGCUGGCUUCGAGGGAACGAUCUGGCCGCCUCCCACGCCUUCGCCCUCCUGCCCUUCGGCGCCGGGACCCGGAUGUGCGUCGGGCGGCGUCUCGCGGAGCAGGAGAUGUACGUCUUCUUGGCCAGGGUGAUGCAGAGAUACACAGUGAACUACAACUACGGUGACAUGGACAGCACGAUGCAGCUGAUCCUCAAGCCGUCGCAGCCUCUGAAGUUUUCCUUCACGGACCGUCGAGCAUGAGGGAGAAGGCCGCGGAGGGGGACCGCAAGAAAGAAAGAACUAGAAAUGAAAGCGCGGGAGGAGAAAGGCCAACAACUUCAGUUCAAAUGCUGCCGACGGAUUUCUCGAACCGGAAUGUUUCUUUCCCUUGUGAAAUAUACAAGCAACCGAAU